CUGAUUGGCUUCUUUCGGCCGAGCUUCUGUUCGAGGCGAAGUUUGCUUCGGGUUGGAAGUUUACUAUUGAGAACAGAGAAGGACCGGAAGCCGGGAGGUUUGUUUUUCCAUUAAAACUAUUUCAAGAUGUCAAAGCAGGCACAGUUCGCCAACCCAGAGACGCCUGGGUACGUCGGGUUUGCGAACCUACCAAACCAGGUGCACCGCAAGUCUGUGAGGAAGGGCUUUGAGUUCACCUUGAUGGUCGUGGGGGAAUCUGGUUUGGGAAAAUCCACUCUGAUUAACAGCCUCUUCCUGACAGAUCUGUAUCCGGAACGCAUAGUGCCAGGCGCUGCAGAUAAAAUUGAACGGACAGUGGAGAUUGAAGCUUCCACCGUGGAGAUAGAAGAGAGAGGAGUGAAGCUUCGGCUCACUGUGGUAGACACUCCAGGCUACGGAGAUGCCAUGAACUGUGAGGACUGUUUCAAGCCAAUCAUUGCCUACGUGGAUGAUCAGUUCGAGAGAUAUCUGCAUGACGAGAGCGGAUUGAACCGGCGUCACAUUGUGGAUAAUCGCGUUCACUGCUGCUUUUACUUCAUCUCCCCGUUUGGACAUGGUUUAAAACCCCUGGAUGUGGAGUUCAUGAAGGCUUUGCACAACAGAGUGAAUAUUGUCCCUGUCAUUGCCAAGGCAGAUACUCUGACCCUGAGAGAACGCGAGAGACUCAAGAGAAGAAUAUUGGAUGAGAUUGAACAGCACGGAAUAAAGAUUUAUCAGCUGCCUGAUGCGGAGUCGGACGAGGACGAGGACUUUAAAGAGCAGACUCGGCUUCUCAAGGCUAGUAUACCCUUUUCUGUUGUUGGAUCCAACCAGCUUAUUGAGGCUAAAGGAAAAAAAGUCCGAGGCCGUCUGUACCCCUGGGGCGUGGUGGAAGUUGAAAACCCAGAACAUAAUGACUUUCUGAAACUGAGGACCAUGCUCAUUACACACAUGCAAGAUCUUCAGGAGGUUACCCAGGACUUGCAUUAUGAAAACUUCCGUUCUGAGCGUCUCAAGAGAGGUGGUGCCAGCAAGAUGGAAAAUGUGGAAGUGUCGAAGGAUCAGAUACUGCUGGAGAAGGAGGCAGAGCUUCGCCGCAUGCAGGAGAUGAUCGCAAGAAUGCAGGCUCAGAUGCAAAUCCAGAGACAGGGGGGAGAAGGAGACAUGUAACGGUACUUAAUAUCCAUGCAGAGCUGGAAACAAAGUCGCUUGUGACCUUUCAUAUCAUAUACAAGAUGAUGUGACGGCAUUCUGCGUGGAACAUACUGAUAUGAGUUUUAGCACAGAUUCCUGUACUGUUCCCUUCAUAUGUCUUACAAUCUCUGAAUGUUAAACACGGCUUUCUGAACAGUACAGACACGUCUGACAUUGCACAGAAAAGAGGACUGCUGUGCGCUUCGGUCUGUUACACCUCUGUUCAUUGUCUGUUACUCCAUAAGCACACUUACUGGCUUCUCCACGCUAGGAAUUUUAUACUGCUUUCAUACACUUUCCUCUACUUUCCUCUUGUGGUAAAUCCAUACAAGAGCCACAAACUCACUCUUAUACACUCCUUGCCUCUGAGUACCGUAGCCUUAAUUCCAUCUUCAUGCUUACUUUAUGGAUCCAUGUAAUGCUAAUGUGAGAAGAAACAAACAGACCAUUAUGUAUUUAAUACAUUAAAUACAAACGUUAUUGAACAUAACCACUAUGGAUAUGUAAAAAAGAAAAA